AUGGACGAAAAUGAUGGCCAUGGCGGCCUGUCACUGAGCGAUGUAGCUCACUCGAAGUUGGACCGUGCCAAGACGGGUACAGUGCCUCUCAAGCUCAGAGAGACGACUACCAAGACCACCGAGCUACUUGGUAACCUCAAGAUAUCCUUGGACAGCAUGUCCGAUUUCAAGAGGACCAAAUGGUGGUGUGAGAUGAUUGACCAACUUCAAAAGAAAUCGGGUAUGCCGCGCAUCGUCAUUGGUGUUCUGGGUGACACUGGAUCCGGAAAGAGCUCUGCAAUCAAUGCUGUUCUGGAUGAGGAAAGAGUUGUCCCUACCAACUGCAUGCGGGCCUGUACGGCUGUCAUCACCGAAAUCUCGUGGAACAACUCCGACGAUCCGACGCAGAAGUAUCGUGCAGAGAUCGACUUCAUUACCCAAGGAGAAUGGACGCAGGAGCUCCUUCAGCUCUAUAGAGACCUCUUCGACUCCGAGGGCAGACUACUCUCGACGGACAUUCGCAACCCUGAUAGUGAGGCUGGUUCUGCAUACGCUACUUUGCGCGCUGUUUAUCCUCAACUUAAUGAUGAGGAGUUCGAACAGAGCCAUCCCACAGCGCUUGCCAACCACCCGAGUAUCAAAGAGGUGAUUGGUGCAAAGAUGGUUGUUGCAGACAGCGAUCCCGACAAAUUCUACACCAAAAUUCAAUCGUUUGUGGAUUCGGAGGAGAAAAGCAGCGGCUCUAAUGGCAGGCCUCAGGAACGCAAGAUGGCGUUUUGGCCUCUGAUCAGGGUUGUUCGUGUCUUCUUGAAGUCAGAGAUUCUAUCCACCGGUGUUGUUCUAGUGGAUUUGCCCGGAGGACGGGAUUCGAACAGUACUCGAGCCGCAGUGGCGGCCAAGUACAUCAAAGAGUGUACUAGACUGUGGGUAGUCGCGCCGAUCAAUCGUGCUGUUGACGAUAAGACGGCAAAGACUCUCAUGGGCACCAACUUCAAGCAGCAGCUCAAGUACGACGGUGCAUACUCCAGUAUCACCUUCAUCUGUACGAAGGCGGACGAUAUCGCCCUUGAUGAAGCAGCCGAAACUCUUGGCGUGAAGGGUGUCAUUCGAGACCAGCAAGAGCGAUAUGAGACUUUGCAGCCUGAGAUCAACUCAAAGAAGAAGCAGUUGAAGAUGUUGGAGUCUCAGAAGAGAGGCAAUCAUGCCCACUACAAGGCGAUCAGCACUGAACACGACCUCUGGCAGGGAAUCGAGCUACAGGCCGCGCGUGGCGAGAGACCUUUCACGCCUUACAAGUCACCUCGCAAGCGCAAGCGCCGGGCCAGAAACUCAUCGGCUGAGGCCACGCAGCUCAAGGGGGACGUGGAGUCAAGCGACACAGAAGAAAGUGACGACGAGGAUGAACUUGCGAGGGAUCUGGAUGACUCCGGCAAUCAGCGUGAAGUUGUGUCAGCCGAAGAUGCACUUGCAAAAGUCAACGAGCUCAAGGAGCUCAAGAAGGCUAUGCGCAAUCAGAAGCAUCAGCUUGUUGAGCAGAUCAACCAGCUCAAAGAGACCAUCGACAAUCUGGUGGCCGCGCGAACACAGCUCAAAGUCAGCAUGUAUCAUAUGUGUAUCCAGGGCCGGAAUAUGUAUUCUCGCGAAGAGAUCCAGAAAGACUUCGGCAUUGGUCUUCGCGAACUAGAUGACGAGCUCAUCGCGGAGCAGCAGGGUGAUGACGCAUCACAAAACAUCCAGGAGUCUACCAAUUAUGAACAGAUCGGCAGAGAGUUAGCCGUCUUCUGCAUCAGUAGCCGCGGAUACCAGCAGCUGAGAGGCCGGAUGAAGAAGGACACUCAGGUUUUGGGAUUCACCUCCUUGGAUGACACCGAGGUCCCGGGUCUUCGAAAUCACACCCUUUCCCUAACUGCUGACAUCCAAGCCUGCUACUUCAAGAGCCAUUUGAACGACAUCGGCCGUGUGCUCCAAGGACUAGAUCUCUUUCUCGCCGGUGACGAGGCCAGUCUCAAGCUCUCAGAAGCCGAGAGAAAGGAGGAAUGUCAAUUUCUGAAGACGACCUUGAAGAACUUGUACAAGAACCUGAAGAAGGACAUGGCCGAAUGCAUGAGCGCUUGUCAGAAGGCUGUUCAAGGCACAUUGGUGCGCGCGCCGCAAGGCGCCAGCAACGCAUCUGCAAAGGCGGUUGCUACUGUCCGCAGCUGGGGCGCGGAUCCCAAGGCUGGGGGCCUUCGCUUCCCGACCUAUCGAGCCACUUGCCGUCGCCGUGGCAUAUUCAAGGGCGCUGCCGGCCCUCGCGAUUUCAACGAAGAACUUUUGAAGCCUCUCAAGAAUCGCGUGGCUCACAGUUGGAAUACAAGCUUCAACGUCAAGCUGCCUGCAAUUCUGGAUGAUUUCGCUGCAGCUUUCAAGGCGCAUAUUGACGAGUUCCAUAGAACUAUGGAGAGUCGCCGUUUUCUUCUUGAGAACAGUGGUCUGGUUCAAGGCAUUUUUGCUAAGCAGGUGACCAGAUUGGCCGAUAAGCUUGAAGGCUCCACGAAAAACAAGAAGCUGUUCGUCGCCGACAGCCAGAAAGAGGCUAAUCGCUGCUUCGUUCCUGUGGUUUCCGAUGCCAUGCGCCCGGCCUACGACUACUGCGCCCAGCAGAGAGGCGCCGGCUGCUUCUUUGUCAUCAAGGACUACAUGGAGACUCACGUCAAGACCCAGCGGGCGACCAUGUUCAAGAAGGCCGCAGACAAGACGUCUGAUGCGGCGCAGCUGAUUAUGAAGCGUCUGGACACGAUGAUCCGCGACGAGGCCAAAGGCCUUCUGGCUAUCGUCGAGCAGGACUACACCACCCUCAUCGGAACGGUGGCGACCGAGUCAGACAAGCGUGUUCAGAAGAUGCUGAAGCCCGUUCUCACUAAGUUCUACCGGGAGCUCAUCGAUGCCCUGACUCUCAUUGAGGAGGAGAUCGUCAUUCCCAUUGCUGAAGUCGAGACUAAGCCGGGCGGUAACGGAAGUGAUGAUGAAUACCAGCUCGAUGAGGACAUUGUUCAUUGA